GCAGGUAUUAUUGAAGAAAUUAAAUUGAAGAACUUUAUGUGUCACCCUAACUUUAAAGUGGAAUUUCAUGACAGAACAACUAUUAUUCACGGUGAGAACGGUAGUGGUAAAAGUGCUGUUCUUACAGCAAUCCAAGUUGGGCUUGGAUCGAAGGCUAAGAAUACUAACAGAGGUAAUUCCAUUAAGGAUCUAGUCAUGUCAGGAAAAGAACAUGCUGAAAUUAUGAUUAGACUCAGAAAUCAAGGAAGAGAUGCAUACAAGAAAGAACUAUAUGGAAGAUCCAUUAUUAUUGUAAAGGGUAUUUCCAAGGCAGGU